AUGGAUGAGGAUGAAAACAGAUAUUUCAGUACAUACAAUCGUGACCUUCGUCCACUUCAUCCAUACACUAAUGUAACAACAGGUGAAACCAAUGAAAGAUUUUUAGAAUUAAUUCGACGAGGCCUCAUAUCAAAAUCAGUUGUCUCGUCUAUAUUACAAUUAUUAUCAGAUAUUCUUCCUGUUCCUAACAAUUUACCUCGUAUAUUCAAUGAAUUACUAAAAAGUCUUCAGAUAGACAAUCAUUAUACUGAGAGAAUAUAUUGUACAGGUUGUUUUGAAAUAGUUGAUCAGCAAAAGAGAUUAUUAUGUGUGAACGAAAAUUAUGUUAACUAUCAGAAAUUAAAAUAUGAUCUACUAACUGUAUUUGAUGGUGAUGUAAAAUCACUUUUAUCCAGUGUUAUUAAACGUAAUCUUUCUGAAAUAGAUUAUUAUUCAAAUCAAACUUCACCAAUAUUUGACGAUGAUAUAAUUAUCGGUGAAAGAUAUAGAAAAUUAAAAGAAACACAUAAUAAUCGUCCAUUUAUAUCUUUAAUUUUUCAUCUAGAUGAAUUUCCUUUAGUUAAAUCCACUAAAUUUUGUUUAUGGACGUUUUCAGUUUCCAUAGUUGAACUAAGAUCAUCUAUUAGAAAACGUCUUAAAAAUAUAAUUCUAUUGUCUGCAGAUUUUGGAAAUGGUAAGCUAAAUGUCACUAUUUGGUUGCAACAUGUGGUUGAAGAAUUAAAUAAAUUAAAAAUACCUGGCAUUUCAAUGGAGUCAGAUAACUUAAAUAUAUAUUUCUUCAACGUUGUUUAUUUUGCAUUAAUUGGAUCAUUUCUUGCACAAUGA